UUUAGCUGAUGUCGGUAGAUCGGGGUUUUUCUCAAACGUUCGCGACAGUACAGCGCAAAGUAGCAAGUGCGCAACGACCGAAAACUCGGGUGUUUUCCCCCCUUCCUUUUUUUCCCUACGAACUUCCCUGAGAAAUUUUACGCUUGGUUUCUACCUGAGAAAAAUGCCCCGUCGUGUCGUUCAGCCUCCGAUUCUUUUUUUCCCUUGUGCAUUGUCAGCCGCCCGGAGUCAAGGCAUUACACCGCGAGGUGGGUGGCGAAUAAAUUGGACAAAUAAGUCAUUAAAUAGGGGGAGAGAAGAGACAACCGUCCCCCGUAUCCAAUCUCUAAGCCAAGGUUCCCUUGCUGCUCCGACCGGCCAAGCUGAUGCAGAAUGCUAACUUUAGCAAUUACCGCAUAAUUCAGGUUCAGAAAGGCUUUCGGAAGGGACAAGUAUCAUUCCUCCACCCCCGCGAGACUGGCUGUUUUGUCUUACAGCUCCGCGCUAUUGCAACGCUCGCUUCUCCGCAGGGAGAGCCCAAGAAUGUCCGCUGGCUUUGGCUGCUGGCUCUGAAGACCACCCUUAUUCGAGGAUCCCUGGUUGACGAUUAAAAGAUCGGGCCCUCCGUAACAGUUCCCAUCGCCCCCCCCCCCCCGCCGACCCCCAUCUCUGGCAGAUUUUCCGACCAGCUGCUUCCAGGAAGUUCCAGCAGAACCAUCCCCCGUAUUCGGACUUCCACCUUUCCUCUCCUUUUAAUCGGGGAGGGGGGGGUUUAAUAGGGAGGGGAGGGAGAGAGAGAGAGAGAGAGAGAGAGGCAGGCGGAGGAAGGAACUUUAGGAAAAGCUCUGCCAAAAGCAGCUGUUUAAGCAGAAGAAAGGGGCGUGUCGGAAAGCGAGGGAAGAAGCGUCCAUAUGCAGAUGAGAGGGGCGUGGGGAGCGGAGAGUUGAUUCGGGCCCCGGAAGAGCCAGGGGUAGUAAAAAAAAAAAAAAAAAAAGCCAUUAUAAAAAAGUACUUGGGAACGUUUUUCCGACCAGAACCAGCAAAUAGCCUAGAGGCGGAAGGGCGAUCGGGAGCAGCUCUCUCGGAGAAGAGCGAAUCGGGCUCGCUGGCGGAGGUUCCUCGGGCCACGGGACAUGACUCCAUAAAUAACUCCAAACCGGGCUGCUCCUCCAGCAACUACGCGAGCGAAGGAAGAAGACGCCUUGGAAAGGAAAAGAGUGCCUUUGUUCAUUAGUUCUGCCUGUGCCGUUUGAACUGCCCUCCACGCGCGCACAAUCGUCUCCACGCCAUCCUAUAAAUUAAGCUGGACCAUGGCAGACGACGAAAACGGUCUUAAAGGCGGCGGCAGCAGCAGCAGCUCCUCCUCGAACGAGGCCCCUCCGGAGCCCUGCACGGACACUUGCGAGAACAGCCGUUGCAACGUGCUGACUUGGGAGCAAGUGCAGCGCCUGGAUCGUAUCCUGAGCGAAACCAUCCCGAUUCACGGCCGGGGGAACUUCCCCACCCUGGAAAUGCAGCCGCGACAGAUCGUGAAGGUGGUAAGGAGCCGCCUGGAGGAGCAAGGCAUCGGCGUGCGCGAUGUGCGGCUCAACGGCUCGGCGGCCAGCCACGUCUUGCACCAGGAUAGCGGCCUGGGCUACAAGGACUUGGACCUCAUCUUCUGCGCCGAUUUGAAAGGCGAGGCGGAGUUCCAGACAGUCAAAGACGUGGUCCUGGAUUGCCUCUUGGAUUUCUUGCCGGACGGGGUUAACAAGGAGAAGAUCACACCGCUCACCCUGAAGGAAGCCUACGUACAGAAAAUGGUGAAAGUCUGCAAUGAUUCUGACCGAUGGAGCCUCAUCUCAUUAUCCAACAACAGUGGCAAAAACGUGGAGCUGAAAUUUAUGGACUCUUUGAGGAGGCAGUUUGAGUUCAGCGUAGAUUCUUUCCAGAUCAAGCUGGACUCCCUCCUUCUUUUUUACGAAUGUUCUGAAAAUCCAAUGACCGAAACUUUUCACCCGACUAUAAUUGGAGAGAGCGUCUAUGGGGAUUUCCAAGAAGCCUUUGACCACCUUUGUCACAAGACCAUCGCCACUAGAAACCCGGAAGAGAUCAGGGGAGGCGGUCUCCUUAAAUACUGCAACCUCCUAGUGAGAGGCUUCAGGGCUGCCUCCGAAUCUGAGAUUAAGUCCCUCCAGAGGUACAUGUGCUCCAGGUUUUUUAUUGAUUUCUCAGACAUUGGAGAACAGCAGCGCAAGCUGGAGUCCUACUUGCAGAACCACUUUGUGGGACUCGAGGACCGCAAGUAUGACUAUCUCAUGACCCUUCAUGGGGUGGUGAAUGAGAGCACAGUGUGCCUGAUGGGACACGAGAGGCGACAGACGUUAAAUCUUAUCACCAUGCUGGCCAUCCGGGUGCUGGCUGAGCAAAAUAUCAUUCCCAAUGUGGCCAAUGUCACUUGCUACUACCAGCCAGCCCCUUACGUAGCUGAUGCUAACUUCAGCAAUUACUAUAUUGCUCAGGUUCAGCCCAUGUUCCCCUGUCAGCAGCACACUUAUUCUACUUGGUUGCCCUGUAACUAACCGGUCUUUGAUAGACUUGGGGAACUAACCGGUUUUAAGAGACACGGGGAAGCAAAUAAACGGGGAGGGUAGUUCUCCUCUUUUAAAAAGUGGGAAGUGCCACAUGGUUUGUUCUACCUUUUUUUUUUUUUUUGCUGGAGGAAAGUUGUUCUGGUUCUUCUCUCUUGCGUUAACAGCAUGAUAUUAGAAAAGAACCAAAAGCUAUUGGAUUCCACCCCAAAGUAUGCAACAACCUGUCUUGAGCAACUAGAUCGCCUUGAAAUAAACCUAGGAGAAAUGGUUGAUGACAAUAUGGGUUGGCAAUGCUUGCUCCCAUAGCUAUGGCAGAGCAAAAGUUGGGAAGGCUGCCUUGAUGAUGAUGAUUUUUUAAAAAAAAUGGAAUCUGAACAUUGAAAUAAAAAGGAACCUAAGAAGAAAAACAAAAAGGAAAAAGCUAAAUAUCCUUUCAGGAAUUAAAAGUUAGACGCAAAAAUAUACAGAUACAUUGGAAUAAGGUGUAUUUUGGAAUUCUCUCUUUGGAGCGUGCAUUAAUUAUGCUGCCCAGCAAGGGUUGCCACAGAAUGUAUAGCUUGCUUGAAUAGAAUGCUUUUAAGAGAAAUGGCUUGCUCAAAAAAAAAAAAAGAAAAAAAAAAAAAAGAGGGAGGGGGGGGGAGGGGGGGGGGGGGGAAGGAUUAUGGCAAAUUUCAUUAUUUCCAGCUGUGUGCAUGCUUCACAUUUUUUUAAAAAAAUGUGGAAAGCAAGAAAACCAGCUGUGGCAAGCUUCAUAUGCUUUAGGACCAAAGAUAAAUUAUCCUAGUAAAGACGGGAUAUGGUAGAUUAUGAAAUAUAAAUAUAUAUAUUUGUAUACACAAAUUUUAAACAAAAGUGCCUGAUGCCUUCAGAGAAUUUGAAGUGAGAAAAAAAAUAUAGUUUUGUGGUUUAAUCUUGCAUUUUUUUUUUUUUUUUAUCAGGGACACAAGAAACUUUAAAAAAAAAAUAAGCUUGUGAAUAAAUGGUGGAGGAUAUUCCUAUUUGUUUUCCUUGCAAAUACCUAUAUAAAGGUUAUAUUGUUGGUGUUCUGCAAUCUUUGGUACACAAUGUAUGUGUAUGUUUAUUGUUUCGUGAGUGUGAGUGUGUAUAACAUGAUAUAUGUAUAUAUUCAUAUGUUUUAAACAUGUUAGGGAAAUGUAGCAAAUGUUAAGGAAUGUUUUAAAUGAGCUUUAGUGUGUGUGUUCCAGUCUGCAACAGGAUAUAAUCAUUGUGAGGUACUUUGCAGAGAAUCCUAUACCUGAAAAAUCUAGAUACACAAAUUAAUCCUAUAUAAAAUAAGAAUCCAAUGAUAAAAGUAAUUAAUUGGCCUAUUUGUAAGCCACGGGUUUCAUAAUUGGACAAAACGUCUUUAACUCUGAAUUAUUGUACCUUAAUAUAAUGUGUUUUUAAUGUUCAGCUUAGAAAUUCCUACAUAUUUCUGUGAUGGAAUAAGACACCAACUGGAGUGUGGCUCAAACAGGUGGCUUCCCUCAUCCCCAAAUAUUAUUUUACUUGGUAAUUUAAAUACUUAUGAUUAAUAUUUCUUU